AAUAUUUUUGAACAACAAAGAAGGUAUCAUGAAGAACGAGAACGGCUUAUGGACGCCAUGGUAAAAGAAAUGCUUCAUAAGAAAUCGAGCUUCCGUGACACCAUCAAUUCUGAUCAUCGCUUGAAAGCCCUACUUGAUCAAUAUAUGGAGAGCACCGAAAAACUGAAAGAUUUGUACGAAGACAGAGAUGGUAUGAGGAAAGAGGAAGUGGCUGCUCUCUCUGGACCCAACGAGUUUGGAGAGUUCUACUCGAGGUUGAAGAACAUCAAGGAGUUCUACUGGCGACUUCCUAACGAGAUUUGUGUUCCCAUGUCUGUUGAAUUUGAAGAGAUCACAAAAAUGAGGGAGAACCCAACCGAAGAAAUGCAGAAUCUGAUUGAUUUUACUGAUGAAGAAGGCUACGGUAAAUAUCUGGAUUUACACGAAUGCUAUGAAAAAUACAUCAAUUUGAAAGGAGUUGAAAAAGUCGAUUACAUCACCUAUCUGACAACGUUCGAUCAUCUUUUCGAGAUGCCAAAGGAGCGCAAAAAUAGCGAAUACCGGAAGUACUUGGAGAUGUUGUUAGAGUACCUAGAAUCCUACGUACUAAGAAUAAAGCCUCUCCUCGACAUUGGCCAGGAGAUGGACAGUAUUCAGAAAGUCUUCCAGGAGCAGUGGGAGGCUGGUACAUUUCCUGGAUGGCCCAAAGAGACUGGCAGUGUACUGACGAACAUUGGUGCGCAUCUUGACCUGUCUGCUUUCUCAUCAUGGGAGGAGCUUGCUUCUCUUGGUUUGGAUCGUCUCAAAUCAGCUUUGAUGGCUCUCAAUCUGAAAUGUGGAGGGACACUUGAAGAGCGAGCUCAGAGACUUUUCAGCACCAAGGGCAAAAAGUCAUUGGAUCCAGCACUUCUCGAAAGUAAGCCGGGAAAAAGCCGAGACUCUGAACGUCAAAAGAAUUGCAUUUUUGGAAGGCAAGUGUACAGACUUGCAGAGCUUGUGAGCGAGCAGCGAACGGCGACGAAAGAGAAUGUGCAACGUAAGCAGGCGCGAACCGAAGGCGAGCGGGAUGACUCGGAUGCCGAAAUCAGUGCGUCCGAUUCUGAUGAGGAUGACGAGGAUGCUGUGCCCUACAAUCCCAAAAAUCUCCCGCUCGGUUGGGAUGGAAAGCCCAUACCCUAUUGGUUAUAUAAACUCCACGGACUCAAUAUAAGUUACAACUGUGAGAUUUGUGGAAAUUUCAUUUACAAAGGACCGAAAGCGUUUCAGAGACACUUUGCUGAAUGGAGACAUGCUCAUGGGAUGAGGUGCUUGGGAAUCCCAAACACUGCACAUUUUGCAAAUGUGACUCAAAUUGAAGAUGCUCUAUCUUUGUGGGAGAAACUAAAAUCGCAGAAACAAGAAGAAAGGUGGCAACCUGAACAAGAAGAAGAAUUUGAAGAUUCACUGGGAAAUGUUGUCAAUAGAAAAACUUUCGAAGACUUGAAGAGGCAAGGAUUGUUGUAGAGUUCGUCCUAUCAAUAAACCACCAAUCUCAUUUCUCUAUUUCGAUGGUGAUUGUUAUUUUUAAUUUUCAACUCCACCUCUUUCACAACAAUUAACAGUGUACAUAUGAUAUUUUGUAUCUUAAAAUAUUACUGCCUAGAUUUUAUACCUUUGAUUGAAAUAUAUUUUCUCUUUAGAUCCUAUUUGAUGUACUCUAUUCUCUUUGAUUGGCAUUAUCAGUGUGAAAAUCUUAUGCUAUGUAUUGUAUAUCAAGUUCCACAAUAAAAGUAUUAGAGAACAGACUAUAA